GAGAACACCCUGAACAUGGCCUCAGAGAUCCACAUGCCAGGCCCAGUAUGUCUCAUUGAGAACAUCAAAGGGCAACUGAAAGUUAAUCCAGAAGCCUUGGAGAUCCUGUCUGGCAUCAUGGAGCCCGUGGUGGUGGUGGCUAUUGUGGGCCUCUACCGCACGGGUAAAUCCUACCUGAUGAACAAGCUGGCUGGGAAGAAGAAGGGCUUCUCUCUGGGUUACACAAUGCAGUCUCAUACCAAAGGAAUCUGGAUGUGGUGUGUGCCCCAUCCCACAAAGUUAAACAAUACCCUAGUUCUGCUUGACACUGAAGGCCUGGGAGAUGUAGAGAAGGGAGACAACCAGAAUGACUCCUGGAUCUUUGCCCUGGCCAUCCUCCUGAGCAGCACCUUCGUGUACAACAGCAUGGGACCCAUCAACCAGCAGGCCAUGGACCAACUGCACUAUGUGACAGAGUUGACAGGUCGACUCAGGGUAAAAUCCUCACCUGAUGCCAAUGAGGGGGAAGAUUCAGCAGAAUUUGUGAGCUUCUUCCCAGACUUCAUGUGGACACUGAGAGAUGUGACCCUGAAGCUGGAAGCAGAUGGGCAACUCCUCACUCCAGAUGAGUACCUGGAGUUUUCCUUGAAGUUAAAACAAGGUACCACUGAAAAAGAUAAAAAUUAUAACUUGCCCCGACUCUGUAUCCGAACGUUCUUCCCAACUAAGAAAUGCUUUGUCUUCUACCCUCCCACUGAGUGGAAAAAGCUUACUGAGCUUGAAAUGCUGGAUGAUGAUGAGGUGGAUUCUGAUUUUUUAAAUCAAGUGGAAGAAUUCUGUUGCUACACUUUCAGCCAUUCCAAGACUAAAACUCUUCCAGGAGGUGUCAAGGUCAACGGACCUCGUCUAGAGAGUCUGGUGCAGACCUAUGUCCAGGCCAUCAGCAGUGGGGAUCUGCCCUGCAUGGAGAACGCAGUCCUGGCCUUGGCUCAGAUAGAGAACUCAGCUGCAGUGCAAAAGGCCACUGCCUACUAUGACCAGCAGAUGAGCCAGAAGGUGGAGCUGCCCACAGAGACCCUCCUGGAGCUGCUGGACCUGCACAGGGCCAGUGAGAGGGAAGCCAUCGAAAUCUUCACCAGGAGUUCCUUCAAAGAUGUAGACCAUGCAUUUCAAAAGGAAUUAAUGUGUCAACUGGAAAAAAGGUGGAAAGACAUUUGUAAACAGAAUCAGACAGCAUCAUCAGAUUGUUGCUUGGCUUUACUUGAGAAAAUUUUUGGUCCUCUAGAAGAAGAAGUGAACCAAGGCAUUUAUUCAAAGCCAGGGGGCUAUCAUCUCUUUAUUCAGAAGACAGAAAAUCUGAAGGAGAAGUACCAUCAGGAACCAAGAAAGGGAUUACAGGCAGAAGAGGUUCUGCAGAUGUACAUAAGCUCCAAGCAAUCUAUGAUGAAUACAAUUCUAAAGACAGACCAGGCUCUCACAGAAAAGGAAAAGGAGAUUGAAGUGCAACGUAGAGAAGCUGAAUCUGCAAAGGUUGCAGCAGAACAGUUGGAGGAAAUGCAAAAGAAGACUGAGCAGAUGAUGGAACAGAGAGAAAAGAGUUACCAGGAGCAUGUGAAACAAUUGACUGAGAAGAUGGAGAGGGACAGGGCCCAGUUGCUGGAAGAGCAAGAGAGGACUCUAACUCUUAAACUUCAGGAACAGAAACGGCUACUCAAAGAGGGAUUCAGAGAAGAGAGCAGAAAACUUCAGAAUGAGAUCAAGAACGUGGAGAAGAGAUACAAAGAAACAAUGGAAAAGGAAAAAGCUCAGUCUACACAGAAGGUAGAAGAAAUGACGGAGAAAAUGCAAAGGAGCUAUGAGCAGAAGGAGCAGGAUUUUAACAAAACAGCGAAAGACUUGAUUGAUGAAAUAAAGAAAGACAAGAACGAACGGCAACAAGAGCAAAAGGCCAUCAAUGAAAAACUUCAGGAAAUCAAGACCAUGAAGGAUAAGCACUACAAAGAAAUACCGGAAAUGGAUAGGGAAAUUCCAAAUUCUAAAUCAGGAUGCCUCUUGAUGUGA